AUGAAUCCUAGAAGGGAGGUUCGUGGUGGAAGAAGUGCGCUCUUUGAUGGCAUUGAAGAGGGAGGAAUCAGAGCUGCUCCUUCUUACUCUCAUGAAAUCAAUGAACAUGAGAACGAGCGUGCCUUGGAAGGAUUGCAAGACAGAGUCAUUCUCUUAAAACGACUAUCUGGCGAUAUAAAUGAAGAGGUUGAUACUCAUAACCGCAUGCUUGACAGAAUGGGAAAUGACAUGGAUUCAUCAAGGGGAUUUCUCUCAGGAACUAUGGACCGGUUUAAAACGGUGUUUGAGACGAAAUCAAGCCGAAGAAUGCUGACGCUCGUGGCAUCGUUCGUCGGUUUAUUUCUAGUCAUAUACUAUCUUACUCGUUUAAUUUAG